CUUACAAUUAAGGUGAUAGACAACGCUGAAGAAUAAAGCAGCAACCAUGAAAUAUUUGGCUGUUCUGGUAUCAAUCGUGUCGGUUUGCUCAGCUGCACCGAGUCUUGUCAGCCCACUCGUGGGUGCUGUAAGCGUAGCUGGUGCCCAUGUAGGAUCAGCGGUCGUUGCUGGUCCCGCAGCUGGAGCAGUUAAAGUAGCUGGACCAGUUGCUGGACCUGCAGUAGUCACUGGAGCCGUAGCCGGCCCGAGUGCCGUUGUUGGUUCGGUUGCUGGACCUACUGUCGUUUCUGAACCGGGACUGGGCGUUGUCGUUAGUAAUGCGCUCGUUGCCCCUGCACUCGCUGCACCUGCAGUGGUAGCGGCAGCUCCAGCAGCCGCGGUUGUCGCUGGACCAGCAGCAUCCACUGUCGUCGCUGGCCCCGUUACCAAAACUGCGGUAAUCGGAGCUUCAUCCUCCGCGGUUAUCGCCGGAGUCACCAGUCAGCUGAAGACAGAUACAGCAAUCAACAUGAAAUACUUGGUCGUCCUUGUUGCCGCCCUGGCCGUCGCCUCAGCUAGCCCCGAGCGCGAACGUCGUUCCCUAGCCUGGGGACACAAUGGUGCAGUGGUGUUGGGUGGUGUGUUACCUGGAGUGGCAGUAGCUGGACCAGUGGCUCCUUCGGCUGCGGUUAUCGGACCUGUCGCUGCACCAGCAGCCGUGGUUGGGCCUGCUGCAGGUGCUGCCGCAGUAGUUGGGCCUGCUGCUGGCUCUGCCGCCGUCGUGGGACCGGCUGCCGGUUCCGCGGUGGUCGCUGGUCCCGCAGGAACCGUGGUGGCGCCAGGAGCCGGUCUACUGUGGUAGAACGUCAACCGUAACCCUGGAUUCUCCAAGACAACUCGAACGAUCUCUCUCGUGAACCUGAAAGCGGCCACUCAUCGAUCUCCAUCCGCGGGACUUCGAUCCAAGCUCAGCGUUGUUCGAUAACAGAACACAUCUCCUGAUAUCGAGAACGAUGGAACAACGACAACUUUUUUUUAUUUAUAAAUUAAAUCUGUUCGAUAAGAGUUAAACGAACAACGCGUUCGAGUUUCUACGAGGUUCUUUCGCGAAUUUUUCUUCUUGUAACUAGCCAUAUUCUUGUUACGCUUUUGUACAUUAAUAAAUGAAGCUCCAUUGUACAGUCA